GAAGACAUUCGUCAACUGGCGUACCAUCCUCAUCAGCGAUUAGCACACGUCAAUCUAAUAGUGUGUUCUUGGACAAUGAUUUAAUAAAUGAUGUUUCAGGACGUCAAAAAAAACAACACCGAAAAAAAGGUAGUACAUCCAAUAAAGUCAAAGAAAUCUCGAGUAAUGGUACUUCUGCAUCAUCGUCACCAGCAGUGUUACCUUCAACCGCUGAUGCACUAAAUAAUAUUCGUCAUUCGGAACUACCAAUGCACCAUCAGAACGGCAAUGACAAACAUUUAGUGCAUAAUGGAACAUCAACAACGGAAUCACCGCAAAUGAGUGCGCCACCAAGCAUAACGUCAAUCGAUGUAUCCAAUAUUAUGAAAGAGAAUAGAACAGAGAAUAAAACACGGAACGAUAUUAAGUUAACAAAUAUACUAGAAAAAAAUGGUGUUUGGACAGCAAACGCGCAAUUUGGACGCACAUCUCGGCUUAGUAAGCAAGUAGGUGUAGUUUAUGAUCAAAAGAAGUUUCAAUUUAUAACAAAUGGAAACAAAGAAGUUAUUGUGCUGACAGCAGAGGAAGUUGAAGGUAAAAUUAUUAUCAUACUGGCGCUACCAUCUCAUCAUUUUCCGAUCAACUCUAGAUAG